GUCCCAGCGGGGGUUGGGCGUGGUGACAUCAUCGCCCAACAUGUGGCAUGAUUCACGAAAGAGAAAUUUCAGCCUCGACACACGUUUUAGCACGAGUCUCCACCGGCACCGGCCGCACAACUCUCUAGUACCUUCCCGAGAUGCCGUUCUACGCUGUUGCCAGGGGACACAGCCCAGGAGUUUACACUUCAUGGCCUGAUGCCCAAGCCCAGAUUAAUGGCUAUACGGCAGCUCGGUACAAGAAGUUUGAUACCAAAGAUGAAGCUGAAGAAUUUGUCAAGGAAAAUGCUCUCAACAAGCCAGUGGUAGACCGCCGCGAGAAGGCAUCAGGGGAUUCCCAAGUUGAAGGGAAAAGAAAACGAGAUGAUGAUGAGGAAGAAGAAGAAGAAGGCCAAGGAGAGAAGAAACUGCAUGUGGAUGAAGGAGAAAAGAAAACCGAGGAUGGCUUAUCUUUAGAUGAUGAAGGUUACCUUGUUGUUUAUUCUGUUGGGGUGUGCGAGUUCCAUGGAAAAAGCGGACAGAAAUCUGGCUGUGGUGUCUUCUUUGCAGAGGAUCAUGAAAGGAAUGUGUCUGUGCCUUUGAAGGGGAAAGCCUCCAACAACGCAGCAGACAUUCAGGCAGCCACUCAUGCACUUAUUACUGCUAAAGCUGCUGGUUAUGACAAGGUGGCAGUCCACACUGACUCACAGUUCAUGAUCAACUGCAUGACCUCAUGGCUGAAGAACUGGAAGAAGAAGACUGGAAGAAGAGUGAUGGAGAGUCCGUGAAGAAGAAGAACUGAUUGAACUGGAUAAGGCUACAGAAGGACUCGCUGUGAAAUGGAUCCACGUGAAGGCAAAAUCAGGAAUUGUCGGUAAUGAUGAGGCUAGGAAGCUGGCCAAGGUUGGCGCUAAGCAGUACGAAGCUGAUGCCUAAUACAAUUAUUCCAUGAUAAAGGGUUCAAAAUUUUGUGAUGCUUUACAGUUCAUCACUUACUGCAGUUUUUUAUCUUAUUAACAUCAUAUAUCUCUGUUAUCUCACUAUCAAUCGUGCAGUGGAAGAAAGAGGUUUAUAAAGAUGGUGUUUUGAAGUCUCUCUUGCUCAGAAGAAAGCUAAAUCAUGCCAAAAAAAUAUUAUAAUAUGAUAAAAUGUCAGAUUUUCCACUGCAUUUUUUGCUUCAUUCAUAAGUAUCUCAUUAUGCCUUCAUGUCUGAAUAUCUGUAUGCAAUUCCUCACCCUUGAAUUUAUCCAGACGCCGAUCUCCGAAAAAUGAAGGUGUCACGAAAUGAUGGAAUGAAUUAUUCCAGUCAUCACCUUGUCAGAUGUAGCUUUGAUUUCUGCCUGCCGAGAUCUGGAUAAGUGAAGGGGUGCGUGAAAGCAACUUAGGUUGUGAACACUGCCAGCGAUGUUAUUGGUGCUACUCAGUCUUUGUCUUGGCAUUUAUUUAGCCUCCAGAAAAUAAGCUUUAAAUGCAAGGUGGAAGGA